AUGCGUUUUACGACAAGAGAUCAACUAAGGAGUGUUGUCCAACAGUGGGCACUGCUGAAUGGACAAAAUGUGGGUUGGGUUAGGAGUGCUAAAAUAAGGUUAGAGGAUGUUUGUAGUGGAGAUUGUAGUUGGAGGCUUCAUGCGUCGAAGAUUGGUGGUGAGAAGACCUUUCGGAUAAGAAGGGUGUCGAAAAACCAUACUUGUCCCAGAGCCAUGACUAAUAGGCAAGCUACAUCAGAGUGGAUUGCAAAGGAAUUCAUUCAGCGGUUUCGUAGAAACCCAAUGUAUGUCCCGGCUGAAAUGAUGCUUGAUGUUAAAGAUAGGUACAACAGCCUCAGUGUCUCGCGGUCGACCUGUUACCGAGCAAGGGAUUUAGCUUUACAGCUUAUUCAGGGGUCCCUGGAAACCCAUUCCGCGCAGUUUAGAUCAUAUGAUGCUGAGCUGAAGAGGGUUGAUACGGAGGGCCUGUUUAGUUUUUUUUUUCAUUCACAAUCCAGACAAUCGGGCUCUAGUAUUUCAGAGGUAUUACUUGUCGGAGCUCUACUCAGUGCGGUUGCACGUGACAGCAAUAAUCAGAUGUUCCCGGUCGCCUGGGCUAUAGUCGAAGCUAAAAAACGAAGAAACAUGGACUUGAAUUAUUGA